AAUUAAUAUUAUCUGGUUGGCUUUAAUUAGAUUUAAAUAUAUGUUGGCACUUCCAAUGCACUUUCUCGAUUAUGGUGGUGGAAGAGUUGGUUCUCAAGCCUUGAGGACUAGGGUACUAAUUGACUUCGAUCGUCCAGAGAAAGAAAGGCAUAGUUUACUCCUUCCUAUUUUCAAAGGAUGUUGUGUCUAGGAAAGAGGGGCAGGCAAAGGGCAGAAAUGGGUGGAAACAAGGAUGAUCCAAAUUGCCCCAAGAACACCAUGAAGUCACAGGAAAGCCUUACAUCGCAAGAAAGUUCCCUAAUGUCGCAGAGCAGCUUAUAUUCGGAACACAGCCUCAAGUCUGUAACGAGCCUGCAAUCGGAAUUCAGUCUCCGUUCUCAGCCAAGUAUCCAGUCAUACAAUAGCCUCGCCUCCGUGCCGUCUAUUGGAACAACCCAACAAACCAGCGAGGGUUGUUACAGUUACAGUUACAGGUGCAUAGCAACGGUAACGGUAGAGGGGCAGGGCGGCAAUGUAUUUUCCCUGGCCACGGCGGAGGCCGAUCUUGUGUAUAGCGGGUCGUCGGGGAGCGAAAUUCGGGUUUGGAAGAAAAAUCAGGCGGAGCUAAUACAAGAGUGCGGCAUCAUGGGGCAAGGAAAAGGAAAAGCAGGCGUCAAAUGCAUCGUAGUUGCGGGAGACAGAAUUUACAGCGCCCAUCAGGAUCACAGAAUCCGGGUAUGGAGGCGGUUCGAGUCGCAGCAGCAUAAGCUGGUGGCAAGCGUGCCGACCAUUAAGGAUUAUCUGAUGACGUUCAUGGUGCCCAGAAAUCAUGUGAAAGUGCGGAGGCACAGGAAAGUUCUGUGGAUCCAACACGUGGACACCAUAUCGGCUCUGGCCGUCGAUCGCAAGGGCUUUCUGUAUUCCGCGUCAUGGGACAGGACCGUCAAAAUCUGGCGCCCCUCUGAUUUCCGAUGCAUCGAGUCUUUCCGAGCACACGAUGAUGCGAUUAACGCGCUGGUGGUUUCCGGCGACGGCUUUCUUUACACGGGCUCGGCGGACGCGAGGGUGAAGGUGUGGAAUAAAGCCCCCGGCGAGAAGCGGCACUCGCUUGUGGCAACGCUUGAGAGACACAAAUCCUCUAUUAAUGCGCUGGCGCUCUCCGCCUCGGAUUCCGCGCUCCUCUACUCCGGUGCCUGUGACCGUUCUAUCAUUGUUUGGGAGAGGGAGGAGAGCGCGCAGCAUAUGACCGUAGUGGGUGCUCUGAGAGGCCACCGCCGGGCCGUUCUUUGCCUAGCUACCGUGGGGGAGAUGGUGUGUAGCGGAUCCGCGGAUAAGACCGUACGCGUAUGGAGAAGAGGCGGCGGGAAUUCGCAUUGGUGUGUGGCGGUUCUGGAUGGGCACCGUGGCCCCGUUAAGGCCAUUAGCGUUGCCGCCUCUCCUUCUUUCUACGGAUGCUUUGUCUACACCGGGAGCCUCGAUCAUGAUAUCAAGCUCUGGUGUGUUUCUCACGACGAUGAUGAGGAUCGCCCUGAAAAAAUUACCUUUUAGUCGAAUUUCCCUAAUUUUCUUCUAAUUGUUUUCAUAUGCUUGGAUUUUUUUUAAAACAAAUUAGAUUUUUUCCGCUCAACUUAACCAGCACCACAUGUUUUCGUGCUGGAAAGAAUGUACAAGAUAAGGGUCAUGCUCAUUUUUUGAGGGCCAUUUGCCAACCUUCUUAACCAGAAUGGAUUUUUUUUUUUUAUAAUAUUA